UUUAAAAAGCGCAGAGGCGAGUCUGUGUGUUUUGCUUGUGUUUUGGUUUUUUUUCUUCUCAUCUUGAACAAGCUGUGAAAGGAAUGGAUGCAGACCUGCCUCGCACCUCCUCCAGGCUGCAAACGGAAGAUAGCGAAGAAAUUCUUGCACUGCUCAAGUCGCUUGAAAAUAGAACCGCUAUCAGGGGAGCACCUACUCACACUUUUCAUCAACACACAGCUUCAUGCCCUGUGGCAUAUCAUCCAUUUGCGAUGAGGUGUAACUUUCCAAAGUUUUCCCCGCCUCCCCCAUUCCAAACUGCUUCCCCUGAAUGCAGAAUCGACAAAACCGAGAUAGUUUCUCUUGCCACGGAGCGCCCCUUUGUUUUGGACACGCUCUGCAUGGCAAUUAUUGUUUCCCGACAAAACAUUUCAAUGGUUCAAAGGCAAAAGCUAGUUAAAGUAGCAGAUGCGUCGCCGCUCGCAAUCUGUGCUGGUGCCAACGGGCUGUCAAAAAAUUGUGCCUCGCGUCCGUGACGGUCAACGUGGCUCCAAAAGUGGAAGUGUUGAAGGACGAGACUGCCAUGUUGCCCUGUACGUACACCGCGACGUCGUCCAGCAACACCAUUGUGGAGUGGCAAAUUGAGGUGCUGGGAAGCAGGAAGCGCGUGGCUUACCGCACACAGGACGGCAAGGCUAAAAGUGACCAGGGCACCCCCCUGAGCGGACGCAUCAGCAUCAGCGAGGACUUAACCUUGACCAUCACGUCGGUCCAACCCUCUGAUGGGGUCAACUUCAUCUGCUCCGUCACCGGAUCUGCUGGAACCGGAGAAGCUGCCACCAUGCUCAAAGUUUUCUUUGCUCCAGAGAAGCCCACCCUCACACAGGCAUCAACGCAAGCAAUUUCUGUGGGAGAGGCCACAAGCUCAGAGAUCGGUACUUGCGUGACAAUGAAUGGACACCCACAGCCGAGGAUCAUCUGGUUUAAAGAUGGCAAGCCGAUUCCCGAGGUUAAGGACAAGAAAGAAAAGACCUACAUGGUUCCGUCUCAGGUGAAGGAGGCAUCGGGCCUGUUCACCAUCAAGAGCACCCUGUACAUGCAGCCAACCAAGGCCGACAAGGAUUCGGUGUUCCACUGCAUUGUAGAGUACAGCAUGCCGGGAGGCCAGAUUAUGCAGAAGAAGUCCAACACCAUCAACCUCAACCUAAACUACCCUUCGGAGACUGCGACAUUUACCCUCCUCAAUGCUGGAGCUGUCAAAGAGGGUGACAACGUCACCAUGAAGUGUGAGACGGACGGAAACCCUCAGCCAGAGUUUGACUUCACCAAAGAUGGCAAGGCCAUCACUGGCGUGGGCGGCCUCCUAAUGUUGAAAUCCACCAAGCGCACCGACGCCGGCAUGUACACAUGCAAGGCCAUCGACUUCGACAACCUUGACGCCGACCUGACAGGCGAGAUCAACCUCAGCGUACACUACAUUGAUCCAAUGAGUGUAACGCCAGCGAAGCCUCAGGUUGUCAUGCUUGGAGACAGUGUGGAGUGGCAGUGUAAGACCAAAGCCUCGGCGCCACAUACAGUGCAAUGGAAAAAGGGUUCUGAGGUCCUCUCUCAAGACGGGACGCUCUCAAUAAAUGCCGACUCCUACGAGAAAGACGGAGAGUACGUCUGUGUCGGAGCCGUGCCAUCAGUGCCGGGACUGGUGGAGCAGGCGAGCACAGCCCUAACCAUUAAAGGAAAGCCGAUGAUCGAGACGCCAGUCGGUGGGGAGGUGUCCAAAGAAGGAGAUGUGGUAUCCCUGAGGUGCUCCGCCUAUGGCUCGCCUGCCCCUCAGUUCACAUGGAAGCCCUCAGGAAAAGAGUCUGUGAUGGUGGAGGGCAACAAGGUGGUGAGCACUGUCUCCCUGCUGGCCACCGCCGCUGUCAUGAAGGACGGCGUGACCUGCGAGGUGGCAAACGAGCACGGCACUGACAGCAAGACCUUCGCUGUAUCUCUCAAAAGAGCUAUUGACAACUCCGCCAACAGAGCUGACCAGCAGCAGGGAGGUUCCAGCGGGGUGGUGAUAGCCGUCGUGGUGUGCGUGCUGCUGCUCCUGCUGCUUGUGGCCCUCAUCUACUGCCUGAACAAGAAGAGCAAGCUGCCCUGUGGCAAGAAGGACAAGAAGGAAGUGGCAAACACAGAAGUGAACAAUGACAUCGUCGUGGAGAUGAAGACAGACAAGGCCAACGAACAAGCCGGUCUCCUAAACAAGAGACCGCCGGCAGAACAGUGAUGAAUGUGGACCGACAGAGGGACCAAGGGAAGAAGCUCGACGGUUAUGAAGAAAGAACUGGACCGAUUUGUAUUCGCUACACUUUUUUUUUUUUUUUUUGAGGGGGUGAUAAGGUCUCCUUUGACCCUCCCUCCCUCCAAAAAAUGCUAAGCUAUGGCAUCACUGAAUGACGCUUUAUUGAAUCAAUCACAGCUUUUGUGUGCUCCCUGGCAGAGUAGUACUAGAGUGUACUUUCAGAAAUAUUUGAAAUCGCCAAAAAGAAGAAAACCAAAACCUCAUGACAAAACUGUUAUCGUGCCACAAUGCCCCUGUGCAUUUGUAAUGUUUCACACUCCGACUACUCUGCCUUGGGUUCUGCACUUGAAUCAUUGUAGCGCUUGUUUGUGAAAUUUGGCGACGUUCUGUCUGCUUCUAAAUCAAGCACACCAUGUUAAAUAUCUGAUGUGCUUUAGCAUUGUUUGACAGCAUCAUACAUGUAAGUACACACUUGUUCAAAAGUAUUGGGACACCCUACUAAGGCUGGAUUCACACUACACGUCCAAGUAUGCAGUUUUGAUUUAAUGUAUAUAUUCACUGUUUUUCCUGUUUAUUUCCAUGUUCAUUUCAAACAGGUGACCCCAUUUCAUGGAAAUAACCCUACAAAUGACAUGGAAGAAUAAAAUAUAAAAUAUACAAAUAUCAGUCAGUAUUUAGUUGCUAACGUUCUCACCAUUGAUUUACUGAAAAUGAAGCUAACCUUAAACCCACUCGCCAUCAUCUCUAAUCUUCCUAAUUUAAUGAUGAACGCAUUUCUAAUGUCGCAUAUUUGGACCAUGUUUUGUUGUCUUGGAUUUUCCAGUAGUUUCGAGUUUCUGGUUUUUUUUUUUCUGUCGUUUGGGCAGACGCGAGUGUGUAUACAGUGUAGUUUUAAAAUAAUAGCGGUCCAAUGGGAUUUACCAGAUUAAUCAAUGUUUUCAGGAUAGUUUUUAUUGCUACAUGUCAAACACAUUACUAGUAGGUGCACUAGAUUCUCAGAAAACCAACAAGACCCAGCAUUCGUGAUAAACAAGGUUGUGCAAUUGCUUGAAAAGGGUGUGUUAAAAAAAUGGCAGUGCUGAAUUCAAUCAGUGAGAUAAAUUUCGCAAAAAAGGUGUGAAUUAAGUGGGCCCUGUCUGAAGGAUGAAGCCAGCACCUGUUAAACAUGCAUUUCUCUUUGAAAGCCUGAGGAAAAUGGGUUGUUCAACACAUUGUUCAGAAGAACAGCGUACUUUGAUUAAAGUUUGAUUGGAGAGGGGAAACUUUGUAAAGAGGUGGAAAAAAAACCAUCAGUAGUUCAGCUAAAAUGAUUUCUUAUUCCUUAAAAUGGAGAGAAAAAACAGAGACGUGGCAGAAAAUGGAAGUCAACCAUCAAAACGGAUCACAGAAUAACCAGAAUGGCAAAGGCUCAGCCAAUGAUCAGCUCCAGGAUGAUCAAAGACAGUCUGGAGUUACAUGUAAGUAUUGUGACAGUGAGAAGACAUCUGUGUGAAACUAAUCAAUUUACAAGAAUCUCCUGCAAAGUCCUUCUGUUUAAAAAAGAAAAAGAAAAAAGGCAACUGGCCAAAAGAGAAAUGGAGGAACAUUUUGGGGACUGAUGAAUAUAAAAUGGUUCUUUUUCGGUCCAGGGGCGACAGACAGUUUUGUUGCUUUUCUGAGAAUCUACUGCACCUACUGGUAACUUGUUUGACAUGUAGCAAUAAAAAAUAUACUAGGCCUACAGAGCGCACCUGGUUACAAGGCUCACCAAGUACAUUUGUAAAGGAAGUACCAUUUGGUACAUACAUACAUAGAGCUGUGUAAAAGCCGCAAGGGCCCACAUUGAAACAUGAGAUAUUUACAAAGACGGUACACAGAGUUUAACGCUAGCAAGGUGCUAGCAGUAGCACCACGCUAACGCUAACAGAGCCAGUUAAAAUAAAACUUACCGGUAAAUAUCACUGAGACACGCCAGUAACGCAGCAGUAUAACGCUAGCACAGUGCUAACGCUAGCACAGUGCUAAUGCUAGCGCAGCACUAACAGGGCCGGUAGAAGUCACUUUCUUGGCACAUAUAUUCCACCGGUCUCAUUCUUACCUUUUCCGCUCGAGUGCCCCCUUACUGCCGUUAGAAAAAAAUGCACAAAUUACCCGCAUCACCGCACAAACCGCAGGGUUGAAAGCGUGUGAAAAAAGUACCGGCUUGUAGGGCAACAAGACAACAAGGAUCAAUGUGGUUAGUCACAUUGGACUACUAUUAUUUUGAACACUACUGCACAUCAACAAUGUUUAUUUUGAUGUCAAGCUCGUAUUGACGUAGUAUCCAUCUACACACACACAGGGAGAUAUUAAUACGUACUGAUAUUUGGUUCCAAAUUGAAGAUAUCUGAUUCUAUUGCUUUAUAUAUAUAUAUAUAUUAACGCUGCCAAAUCCCAAGUCCGCCACUUAAAAAAUUCUUCAUGAAAUUCUGUCACUUGAACUGUUCAGUGUAAGUCCAGCCUACAAGGAAGUGACAAGUCGAAGAAAUUUUUGUCUUUCUAGUCAGGCUUUCUGGGUUGGAGAACCUCGGCCCCGUGUGCUGACACAACAGACACAUUUGAUCUGGCCCCCAUGAAAUUCUAAAAUCUAACUAGAUGUUGGUGACCAAACUUUGCUGCCUUGGUUUACCCCAAACUAGGACAGAAAAACUAUUUUGGCAUUUUUAGUGCGUGUUCUGUCUGGUAUACGUAUUAUAAGACUUCAAAAUGAUUUGGCCAAAUAUGGCGCUUGUUUAGAUUUUUUAUUUUUUAGGGCCAGUCAAGCCAUUUCCAGGAUACACAUUUAUAGAUAUACUGUAUAAUUUUGGUACGUCCCUUUUUACAGCAAUUAGAUGAAGGGAAAGACGUGAAUUGUGUUUUUGUCUGGGACUUUCUUGCCGGAUUUGUUAUGUUUUAAUCAUUUGGUUAUGUCACAGCAGAAAGUCAGGGAGGUGGAGAUUUUUUCAGGGGGGAGGGGGGGGCGGAUGAUUCUAGUGUGCUCGCCUAUAGCAGCUUGACAUGGCCUUUGACUUUUGUUGUACACUGGAACUAAUGGCCUUGAAUUACCGUAAAAAAAUGUAAAGGGUCACCUCAAACCACUAUCUUUGUAUUUCAAUGUGUCUCUACUGAUCUUGACUGUUAGCAAACCUGUCACCGCAGGCUUAAACUUGGAGCACCUGUUGUUUUGUUUUUGUCACUGUUUUAUAUAAAAUGAUGUGCUUGUUGCUUUUUUUUAUUCGUGAAAUUUGGGACUACUGAGUUGUCUUUUUUUUCCUCUUCAAGGAUUAUUAUUUGGAUGAAAUUAUGCAGGCUUUACUUCUCUAUUCUGUAAACUGUAUAUUUUGUGGUAUGCUCUUGUGGGGUGUUGAUGUAUCUUUUUAUGUAUUUUGUUACAGCUGUUUAGAAUUGAUAAUGGAAAAAACAA